GGGACAAGUCAAAGGACUACAUCUCCCGGCAGCCUUCGCGGCGGGACGUGCUAAUCAAGAUGGCGGAGACAGCGACGGCUGUGAGUGGUUCGGGCAGCUCCGGAACGCGAUCCUGUGGCCGAGGUAACUCCACACCUGCCGAUAACUACUUGCUUGCUCGUAGGCGAACCCUCCAGGUAGUUGUAAGUUCUUUGCUCACAGAAGCUGGUUUUGAGAGUUCAGAAAAAGCAGCAGUGGAAACCCUGACUGAGAUGCUACAAAGUUAUCUGUCAGAGAUUGGGCGCAGUGCCAAAUCUUUCUGUGAACAUACAGCGCGUACACAGCCUACUUUACCAGAUGUAGUUGUCACCCUUAUAGAAAUGGGUUUUAAUGUGGACACGUUGCCUGCAUAUGCCAAGCGUUCUCAAAGGAUGGUGAUAACCGCACCCCCUGUGACAAAUCAUCCUGUUGCCCCAAAAGCUUUAAGUGCAGGGCAGAACAAGCCACAUCCUGCACACAUUCCAGGUCACCUCCCAGAAUUUCCGGAUCCCCACACUUACAUCAAGACACCGACCUGCAGAGAACCAGUGGGAGAUUACCAGGUCCUUCGAGAGAAGGCAGCAUCUCAACGUAGAGAUGUGGAAAGAGCACUAACACGAUUUAUGGCGAAGACAGGUGAAACCCAGAGUCUUUUCAAGGAUGACACCAGCAUUUUCCCACUGAUUGCUGCUCGCCCUUUGUCCAUCCCAUAUUUGAAUGCCCUUCUCCCAUCAGAAUUAGAGCUGCAGCAAGUAGAAGAGACUGAUUCUUCUGAACAAGAUGACCAGACUGAUACAGAAAACCUUUCUAUGCAUUUACAUACGGAUGAUCCUGGAGAAGAAAAGGAAAAUUCAUCGGUUCUUCAGCACAGCUCACUGAAAGGUGGUGAAGAAACCCUGAUUGAUAAUCCCUAUUUACGACCUGUGAAAAAGCCAAAGCUGAGACGAAAAAAAUGACAACCCUGUGGUCAAGGGGAAAGCUAUGAAUCGGGGCAUGCUUUACACACAGACUAUGUCAUGUGACACUGGAAGGCUAUAAUGUUGUGUUCCUCAGAGUUUCUCAGCACCUUUUAACAUGGCUGGUUGGGCUGCUCACAUUGAUUAAAGACAUGUCAUGGACCAUUGGGCUGUUGAUGAAGUAUUGAGAUGCCUUUGCAGCAAACCAGUCCCAGUGAAAGGCUUAAAAUCCAUUUGUCCAGCUGCACCUAGGACUGGCCUCCCAGCACUGAGUUUUGUUUAUGAAGAGUCUGGCUGGUGUCCAAAGAAGCAAUGUCUAUCAAGUCCCAAAUAAACAAAACAAAAAGGCACUGAAUACAAUGUGUCAGUUUUCAAAAUUUGAAAAGCUUUCUGUGUUACAUGGAUAUGAGCUUUUGCAGAAUUGUAAUAAAAAGGCUAUUAAAUUGGCCACUUUAAAGAGACCAUAUCAUGUUGUAACUUUUAAAAAAAAAUUCAAACACAUAACUGCAAAAAAUAUAUAGUAAUGACAGUGUGAUGGUCAGAAGAAGAAAGCAGUGAGAGUUGUGGGGGAUAAUAGGGAUAGACACACUUGGAAGUCUCGGUUUUGCCGUUGGACUUCAGGUUAACAAUUCGCUACAGUGGAGUGAUGUGGGGGCAGAAAAAGUAAGUGUACCCUCUUCUUUACAGGUAUGUGUUUGGAUGGAAAAAAAAAAUUAUAAUGUGGUAAAGGUCUCUUUAAUGUAAUGUAAUGUAACAUAGCCAUUUUUUUUCCAAGUGAAUCCAUGAAGUAACUUGUAAAAAAUAAAAACCCUUUCAAGAUAAAAAUAUUUUUGUUUUCAAUUCAGCCCAAUUUCUUUCUCUGAUCUUAAAGCGUAUGUCAACCCUAACAAUAAACUUGUCUUAAUCGCUAA